UUGUUUUUAAGUUUCCAUCAAGAAUGUUACAGACUCUGUGUGACUGGUUUUGGUGGGAUCACCUCUGGCUUCCCCGAAAUCUAACCUGGGCCGAUCUAGAGGACAGAGAGGACUUUGUGUAUGCCAAGGUCUCACAUUUGUAUGUCACAGUCUUGUAUGCUGCUCUCCUUAUGAUAGUCCGGCACUUUUUUGAAAGGUUGAUUGCUACACCUCUUGCCAAAAUGCUAGGGGUUAAGGACCAAAUAAGAUUGAAGGUCACAUAUAAUGUGGUUUUAGAAAACUUUUUUGUUUCCACAUCAAAACAUCCAACGAGGUCACAGAUAGAAGGUUUGUCAAAGAAAUGCAGUUGGACAGUACGGAUGGUCGAGAGAUGGCUUAGAAGGCGGCGCAAUCAAGAUAGACCAAGUUUGAUGAAAAAAUUUCGAGAAGCUUGCUGGCGAUGUACAUUUUACCUCCUGGCAUUUAUUGGUGGUAUUGCUGUCCUGAUUGAUAAGCCGUGGUUUUACGACACAUGGGAGGUGUGGGUAGGAUAUCCGAAACAGACACUGUUACCUUCGCAGUAUUGGUACUACAUAACUGAGCUUAGUUUUUAUUGGUCACUAUUGUUCAGUAUUGCAUCAGAUGUAAAAAGAAAGGAUUUCAAAGAACAAAUAAUUCAUCACUUAGCAACCAUUAUCCUGCUGAGCUUCUCAUGGUGUGCAAACUACAUCCGCGUGGGAACCCUGGUGAUGAUUGUCCAUGAUUCAUCUGACAUCCUGCUGGAAUCUGCCAAGAUGCUUAACUACGCUGGGUGGAAAAGAGUCUGUAACUCACUCUUCAUUGUCUUUGCUGUCAUAUUUAUAAUCACCAGGCUUGUCAUCUUCCCUUUCUGGAUCAUUCAUUGUACUUGGGUCUAUCCAGUUUAUCACUAUCCUCCAUUCUUUGGAUAUUAUUUCUUCAACGUCAUGCUGGCUGUCCUUCAACUGCUCCAUAUUUUCUGGGCGUACCUCAUCUUACAAAUGGUGGCAAAAUUCUUCUCCAGCAAAGAGCACACUGAAGAGGAAAUGAGAAGAGCAAAAGGAGGAUAUGAGAUGAAUCUGGCAGGUUCUAGUGUCAUCUGCACAGACUCCACUCUCAAGCACGCAGCCCUGCAAGCUAUUUCCUCCUCCAGCUCUGAAGAAGAGACGACAGACCUCUCAGAGAAUACACUGGCAAGGCUGCCUCCUACACUCUCCACCAACGCCAAUACUGAUACCCCAAUGAGUACUUUAGCUCAAUUAGAGUCCAGAGCACAUUCUGGUGAACAUAUCACUGCCACGUCUCUGCAGCUGGCCGAAGUUGCUGACAUUUGGAGAAUUGAUGGAGACCAGACCCGGGCAGGAGAGGACCCUAUUAUGUCAACCAUUCACAACUAA